UCCCGCCCUCCCUCCUCCCGCUCCGCCCGGAGCGCCCUUCGCCCAACGCCGUUACCGGCGCCGACACAGCCGAGGCCCGAGCGCCACCGCAGCCUGAGCCGAGCCCGCACUGCCCACCAUGGACACCGGAGUCAUCGAAGGGGGUCUCAAUGUCACGCUCACCAUCCGGCUACUCAUGCACGGAAAGGAGGUGGGAAGCAUCAUUGGGAAGAAAGGGGAGUCGGUGAAGAAGAUGCGUGAGGAGAGCGGAGCUCGCAUCAACAUCUCGGAAGGGAACUGCCCCGAGCGGAUCAUCACCCUCGCGGGACCCACCAACGCCAUCUUCAAAGCUUUUGCGAUGAUCAUUGACAAACUGGAAGAGGACAUCAGCAGCUCCAUGACCAACAGCACGGCCGCCAGCCGGCCCCCGGUCACCCUGCGGCUCGUGGUGCCUGCCAGCCAGUGCGGGUCCCUCAUUGGCAAGGGAGGCUGCAAGAUCAAGGAGAUCCGAGAGAGCACGGGGGCACAGGUCCAGGUGGCAGGGGACAUGCUGCCCAACUCGACUGAGCGAGCCAUCACCAUUGCUGGGAUCCCACAGUCCAUCAUCGAGUGCGUCAAACAGAUCUGCGUCGUCAUGCUUGAGUCUCCCCCGAAGGGUGUCACCAUCCCGUACCGACCCAAGCCAUCCAGCUCUCCCGUCAUCUUUGCAGGCGGCCAGGACAGGUACAGCAGCGGCAGUGCGAGCUACCCCCACACCGCCCCAUCCAUGUGCCUCAACUCUGACUUGGAGGGACCACCUCAGGAGGCCACCCGGCAGCCACUGCAUGGCAACGAACUUGGGCCAAUUCCAGCCUGGGCUGCAGUUCUUCCGGCCUAUACCAUUCAAGGACAGUAUGCCAUUCCACAGCCAGAUCUGACCAAGCUGCACCAGUUGGCAAUGCAACAGUCACACUUUCCAAUGUCUCAUGGCAACACUGGAUUCAGUGGCGUUGACUCCAGCUCUGCCGAGGUGAAAGGCUAUUGGGGUUUGGAUGCCUCUGCCCAAACCACCUCCCAUGAACUCACCAUUCCAAACGAUCUGAUUGGCUGCAUCAUCGGGCGUCAGGGCGCCAAGAUCAACGAGAUCCGCCAGAUGUCCGGGGCUCAGAUCAAGAUUGCCAACCCCGUGGAAGGCUCUACUGACAGGCAGGUGACCAUAACUGGAUCUGCAGCGAGCAUCAGCCUGGCCCAGUAUCUAAUCAAUGUCAGGCUCUCCUCGGAGACCGGGGGCAUGGGCAGCAGUUAGGGGGGCCCCGGACCCCCCCGCCUCGCCAUCCAUCUGCGGCCCCUUAGCACCGACCCAGGUUUUAAACUAGUUUGUACAUUUUCGGUUCCUCCAGCCUCGCGCCACUCACCACGUUCAGUUUGUUUCAGAAAGAAAAAAAAAAAAUUUUUUUUUUUGUUCCGUUUUUUUUUUUUUUUGGUUCUGUUUUUUCGGGGUUAUAUUUUUUUUUUUUUUUUUCCUCUCGAAUUAAAAAGCAUUUUAAUUCCUUCGUUCAGCUCUUAAAAUUGCUGAACCCCAAAUCUUAGUUUUAUAAAGCUUCUCUCUCCUCUCCCCACGCCCCCAGCACCUUCUCCCCUCCUCUCCCCGUUUUUUCGGCUCAUGAAGUUUCUGUUUUUGUCAUGAAAUGUAAGAGUGGAAGAAAAACGAAAAAAAAAAAAAAACAAAAAAACAUUUCAGUUUAGUUCUGUAACGUCAGGAAAUUUUUCAAAAAAAAACUGAAUAAAAAGAUGGACUGGAGCUUUUCCUUGUGAAUAGAACCCGCAGGAUAUUUUGGUUAAUGGA